AUGCGUGUCUUUAUAUCCACUAUAUGCACUUUCAUCCUUGUGUUCCUCCUUCCGAGGCUCGUCUCUGCUCAAGACACGAACCUCACCGCGGUCAAACGGGCCUUUGAGGCAGCUGGGUUGGUCAAGGAUGUCCCGCUUAAUUUCAACCCCAGCGUCUUGCUUGGCGUAACCUAUUUGUCCAUCAAGACCGGGCUGAAGCCCUUGCAUGCUGGUAUCAAGAUGUCGCCGACCGAAACGUAUCGAACCCCAAUAUUCAACGUUGUCGGGGACCCAGGUGCCGGCCCGUUCGUCAUCGCCAUGAUUGACCCAGACGCAUUCUCACGCGCAAGGCCUGUCAUUUCGGAAGUGCGCCACUUCCUUAGCGGAUCUUACUCCUUGGAUCGAGUCUCCGGACUUCUCGAGCCGUCAGCAUCAUUUAGUGCUCUUACGUCAUAUCGCUAUCCGAGGCCUUUUGUUAAUUCUGGCCUUCAUCGGCAGUCCAUCGAGUUUGCCGAGCAGACCCUGAUCAGCCCCACGUCAUCCCCGCUCAACUUUAAUUUGACCGACUUUGCGGCGAAGACGAACCUUGGAGCGCCAAUUGGGGGCACGUUCAUGUUCAUGGGGCCCGACCCAUAUCCGAAUGCCUGA